AUGGCCAACAAAGUACGGUUCAUUUGCAUAAUUAUCAUCGGGCUACAGAAUGUAGCAGCUAAGUGCGCAAUUAAAACCAAAAUCGAUAGAAUAUCGUAUAAUCAAGAAUUGGCACCCUAUACAAAUGCUAAUAACGUAACCAAACGAAGUGCAGAUGAGACAGAAGAUGUAGCUAAUACAACGACCGUAAACAAUGGAACGGACGAUAUUGUCGAUGUAACUGAAAGUAAUGUAAAUCAUAGAAAAUGCGUACUGCUUAACGUUACCGCUGAUGUACCACCUUACGAAACAAGACAGCUAAACUCGAUAUAUCUAAAUAAUAUGUACACCGGUGUGACAAUGAAUCUGAUACAUAAUGACGUGUCGAUUGAUAAUUUGGAAGCGGACGGAGUAAGUUUGUUUGAUCUCGUCAAGAGCAAUUGUGGUAGCGCAAAAAUAUGCCCGAACGUCAGAGGAAAUUGGACUGAUACGAAUACAAUUACAAUUGGAUUUCUGAGUGCCUACGCAUGGAGCCAGACGGUACUCGGCGCAUUGCCUCUUGCUGUGGCAGCUAUAAAUCGAGAACCAACAUUGCUACCUGGUUUGAAACUAAGAUUUGUAACAGCUGACAUCGGCCGACCCAGGCCUUUGCUACCGAUGGACAAGGACAGUCUUUCCUUAAGAGUUAUGACGCAAAUGCGUGACCUCGGUGUGGUGGCAUUCUUCGGACCUGAUGGCACAUGUCACACGGAGGCGAAGCUUGCUGCUGCUUGGAAUCUGCCUCUCAUCUCGCACAAAUGUGCUGGAGCUCAAGGCCCGGAGAUAGGAGGUCUGGGUGCAACUUUUGCUCGGACAUUACCCCCGGCUCACAAAGUUAGCAAGUCUGUCAUUGCGCUGCUGAAGGCCUACGGUUGGACCAAGUUCGCGAUCAUCGCUGGAGAUGAACAAACCGCCGCUGAACAGCAAAUGGAUGCGAUAAAGGAGUUAUCAGAGAGCAACGGUCUUACAAUUACGGCAGAGCACCGCUUUGCUGAUUACAUUCCUCGUCAUAUAUCACGUAUGGAGCGCAUCGUCGACCAGACUUACGACAAAACUAGAGUGUACGUGUUCCUCGGCGAGCACAUCGCGCUAGUGGACUUCGUGAACGUAUUACAGAGGCGAGGGUUGCUGGUCGCUGGAGAAUAUGCUGUAGUCGCAGUGGAUGACGAAAUAUAUGAUCCUAAUGAUGCAGCUAUUACACAUGCUGAUCAUCUUAUCCAGAACAGCAGUAGUGACGUUUUGGCGUUUCGAGCUGUCCUCAAACUAACACCUUCGCAUCCAACCAACCCUUAUUAUCCGACCCUCUGCCAAAUGAUCCGGCGGCUAUCAGCGGCGCCGCCUUUCUGCGUACCAAAUUAUCACAAGAUCUUCGAAGAUACUUCUGUACCUAUAGAAGCUGCACAUCUCUACGAUGCUGUGAUCCUGUGGGCACGCGCCGCUUCUGCUGCUAUGCGCAACGGCCUCCCGCCGACAGAUGGCGCUACACUUAUGAAACUGCUCAGACCGACCACGUACACAUCACUUCAAGGAUUUGAUGUGAAUAUGGACAGCGCUGGCGACGCGGAAGGAAACUUCUCAGUUAUAGGAGUUGUAGAAGAUUCCAAUGCUCCAAGUGGGUGGAGUGCUCAGCCUGUUGCUGCGUUUCGAUACACCAACUCUACUGAUUUACUUCCUGAAUUCGUUGGAGGCUCGACCAUUGCGUGGAUUGGAGGAAAGCCACCUGAUGCAGAACCGGCUUGUGGGUUUAACGGGAGGAAGUGCUCAUUGCCCCAUGACCCCGUAGUGCUGUCAGCAGCGGCUGCUGUCGCUGCUGCUGCGAUCCUGGCUGCAGCGCUGCUGGUCCGUCAUUACAGAUAUGAACAAAAACUAGCUUCCGUGCUAUGGCGAAUAGAAGCAAAGGAUUUGACAUUCAUAACGACUUGUAAUAAGGAUUCCGUGCCGCAAGAAGUUGACAAGAAACGAGCUCAUACGACUAUAGCAACGUACCGCGGUAACAUCGUCGCCGUCAAACGCCUCAAGAAGAAAAACAUAGACGUCACACGAGCUAUUAAGAAGGAACUUAAACAAAUGCGGGAACUGCGACAUGAGAACUUGACGCCGUUUGUAGGAGUGUGUGUCGAAACCGGAGUGGCCUGCAUCGUCACCGCUUACUGCUCUCGGGGUUCCCUGGCCACGGUACUCGCUGACAGAGAUCUGCACUUAGAUGAUAUGUUCGUGGCGAGUCUGGUUGCGGAUUUGCUUCGAGGUCUAACCUAUCUUCACGAUUCAGCCCUCGUCUCGCAUGGAAACUUGACGUCUAACAACUGCUUGGUGGAUCGCCGCUGGGUGUUGCAGAUCACGGAUUAUGGAUUACACACUCUGAAAAGUGGUUGUGCAGACACUGAGGACGCGCUACGCAUGGAGAAGCGCAUGCUCUGGCGAGCGCCAGAACUCCUUCGAGAACCGAACCCUCACCCGAGAGGAUCACAGAAAGGGGACGUGUACUCAUUUGGCAUCAUCCUAUAUGAAAUAUUGGGGAGGAAUGGACCAUGGGGCGACACGAACCUGACCAACGCUGAAAUCAUUGGUAGAGUACGUCAACCUAUUGGAGGAGUAUUAUUCCGUCCUCCACUUGGUGGCCUGGCAGCUCGACCAUCUGUGCUCGCAGUCUUAAAGUCGUGUUGGAGUGAGCGGCCAGACAGGCGACCAGAUGUUCGUCUAGUCAGACUGCGCCUUAAGGAUAUGCAUGCCGGAAUGAAAACAAAUAUCUUCGAUAAUAUGUUGUCGAUGAUGGAGAAAUACGCGUCUAACUUGGAAGGCUUGGUGACCGCGAAGACGGAACAGCUCAUGCAGGAGAAGAAGAGGACAGACGAUCUAUUGAAUCGAAUGUUGCCACGGACGGUUGCAGACGCUCUGAAACGCGGUGAGCCCGUACAAGCGGAGAGCUUUGAAUGCGUCACAAUUUACUUCAGUGAUAUCGUCGGCUUUACGAAGCUUGCUGCCACUAACACACCUAUGCAGAUCGUGGAAAUAUUGAAUGACUUGUACACGUGCUGUGACGCAAUCAUAUCUUUUUAUAACGUAUAUAAGGUGGAAACGAUUGGUGACGCAUAUAUGGUGGUCGGUGGACUCCCAGAGCGCUGUUCACGACACGCAGCUGAAGUGGCAUCUCUCGCGCUUCAUGUCCUUGAAGCAGUACCCAAGAUACGAACAAGACAUCUGCCAGCGUCUAGACUGCAUAUUAGGAUAGGAAUUCAUAGCGGCCAAUGCGCAGCUGGUGUGGUGGGAAUUAAGAUGCCAAGGUAUUGUCUAUUCGGAGACACGGUAAAUACAGCAGCUCGAAUGGAGUCGACUGGAGAACCUCAGAGGAUUCACGUCAGCAAUGAGACGUAUAAACUGUUGAAACAACACGGCGGGUAUCAGUUCAAGGAACGAGGGAUAAUCAAUAUAAAGGGAAAAGGCGAUAUGAAGACGUGGUGGUUAAUUGGAGAAGAACACGAAAGACGGAGAAAAUUUGUAAACCGAUUCGGUGAUGUGGAUACGUUCGAGGACUCCCCGUGGAGCCUGGGCCGCUCGGCGCUCAACAUCCGGGAGCGGGCGCGGCUGUCGUGCGGCGGCUCGCUGGGCCCGGGCUCGGCCCUGUCGUCGCCGGGCCCGCCCGCGUGCGCGUGCUUCGUGCCGCAGCGGGACCACCAUUCCGCCCCCGUCGUCUCCUUCUGCGAGGACUGA